AUGAUCCUCUCGACGCUCGUAUACAUCGCCGCCCACGUCGCCGCCGUCCCGGUGGCGCCGCCGUCGCCACCACAGUCCGCGACCCCCGGCCCAUCAUCGCCAGGCCCAGCCCCCGGCCCCCCCCUCGCCGACACCCUCCUCAACACAACCCUCCUCCCGCAACUGUCCUCCAUACCCCCUCCCCCCUUCCGAUUCUCCCCCGUCGACGAACCGCCGAGCAGCCUCGACGGCCCCCCCGCCGUCAACUCGUCGCUGUACCACAACUCCCUCUUCCCGGGCUGUCUCUCCGUCAGGAUCCAGAUCGAGCCGUUCUACUUCGUCCCCCGGUGGAGGAUCAAGAUCAAGGAGGACGGCAGGGUGACGUGCCAGAUGCGAACCUACUGCAACCGGGAGGACCAAUGCCGCAACAGAAAGGAGCAGUGCUGGGGCGGCAACAAGCUCACGUGGAGGGGUCUCGCGCCCUGGUACUACAGCAAGAAGUACAAGCGGGUUCUGUACCCGUAUCUGAGGGGGGAGCCGACCAAGACUCGGUCCUGCAUGCAUACCUACAGUUUUGUCAGCGUCAGGGGUUGCAUCGAGCGCGUUUACGAGAUUGGGCAUUGCGAGGCAAAGAAGAAGAAGAAGAAGAAUCAGUGA